UCUUCCCCUUUUUCCUGCCGAUAUUUCUAGCUCUCUCCGAAGCGUCUCUGGCGCCUACCUGGGCUGGGCAGGACGCUUAAGGCGCAUCGGGGCUUUGGAGCAUCCGCCCGAGGGCUCUGUAUGAUUUAAAAGGAAAAUCCGGGGCGAUUACCGCCAGGCUGCCUUUGUCUUGGCCGGGAAGCAUGUGGGUCAACCCGGAGGAGGUGCUGCUGGCAAACGCCCUGUGGAUCACGGAAAGGGCCAACCCUUACUUCAUCCUGCAGAGAAGGAAGGGCCACAGCGGCGAUGGAGGCAGCGGAGGGAUCGCUGGUCUCCUUGUGGGAACUCUUGAUGUUGUGCUAGAUUCAAGUGCAAGGGUAGCACCAUAUCGCAUUCUGUACCAAGCUCCAGAUUCUAUGAUAUACUGGACUAUUGCUUGUGGUUGUUCAAGGAAAGAAAUAACUGAGCACUGGGAAUGGCUUGAACAGAAUUUACUACAAACUCUUUCUAUCUUUGAAAAUGAAAAUGACAUAAACACAUUUGUCAGAGGAAAAAUACAGGGCAUUAUCGCAGAAUAUAACAAAAUCAAUGGUAUCAGGGAGGAUGAUGACACUGAAAAAUUUAAGGAAGCCACCGUGAAGUUCCACAAACUGUUUGGGAUGCCUGAAGAAGAGAAGCUGGUGAAUUACUACUCUUGCAGUUAUUGGAAAGGGAAGGUCCCACGUCAGGGCUGGAUGUAUCUCAGCAUUAACCAUCUAUGUUUCUAUUCCUUUCUCAUGGGGCGGGAAGCCAAGCUAGUCAUCCGGUGGGUUGACAUCACCCAGCUUGAGAAGAACGCCACUCUGCUCUUACCUGAUGUGAUCAAAGUUAGCACAAGGUCCAGCCAGCAUUUCUUUUCGGUGUUCCUCAACAUCAACGAAACUUUUAAACUCAUGGAACAACUAGCCAACAUAGCCAUGAGGCAACUGUUGGACAAUGAAGGCUUUGAACAAGACAGGUCACUGCCCAGGCUUAAAAAGAAGUCCCCCAAAAAAGUGUCUGCACUGAAACGGGAUCUUGAUGCCAGAGCAAAAAGUGAAAGGUACCGUGCUUUGUUCCGGCUUCCAAAGAAUGAAAAACUAGAUGGACAUACAGAUUGCACUCUUUGGACUCCAUUUAAUAAAAUGCACAUUUUGGGUCAGAUGUUUGUGUCUACAAAUUAUAUCUGUUUCACUAGCAAGGAAGAAAACUUGUGCAGCCUCAUUAUCCCACUUCGAGAGGUGACUAUUGUAGAAAAGGCAGACAGCUCUAGUGUAUUACCCAGCCCAUUAUCUAUCAGCACCAAAAACCGCAUGACAUUUCUCUUUGCCAAUUUAAAAGACAGAGACUUUCUGGUGCAGAGAAUUUCCGACUUCCUCCAACAAACUACUUCCAAAAUCUACUCUGAAAAAGAGAUUUCUGGAAGUUACAACAGCUCAGAUGAUGAGCUAUAUUCGAGGGCGAGUAGUAUCCUUUCAUCAAGUUCUCAGAGGAGCCUUGGUUCUGAAGCAGAUGGAGAACGGCAGUUUAACCUGAAUGGUAAUAACAUCCCAACUGUAACACAGGCAUUAAUGACCAUGUAUCGGCGACGUUCACCUGAGGAAUUCAACCCUAAAUUAGCAAAAGAAUUUCUGAAAGAACAAGCUUGGCGGAUUCAUUUUGCUGAAUAUGGCCAAGGCAUCUGUAUGUAUCGCACAGAGAAAACAAGAGACCUUGUGCUAAAAGGUAUUCCUGAAAGCAUGAGAGGGGAACUCUGGCUGCUCCUGUCAGGAGCUAUUAAUGAAAUGGCCACCCACACUGGCUAUUAUGAAGACUUGGUGGAGAAAUCCAUGGGGAAAUAUAAUCUUGCCACAGAAGAGAUUGAGAGGGAUUUACACCGGUCUCUCCCAGAGCAUCCCGCAUUCCAGAAUGAGAUGGGCAUUGCUGCCCUGAGGAGAGUACUAACUGCUUAUGCAUUUAGAAACCCAAACAUAGGAUACUGUCAGGCCAUGAAUAUUGUUACAUCAGUACUGCUUUUGUAUGCAAAAGAAGAGGAAGCAUUUUGGCUGCUUGUGGCUUUGUGUGAGCGCAUGUUGCCAGAUUACUACAACACAAGAGUUGUUGGUGCUCUGGUGGAUCAAGGUGUGUUUGAAGAGUUAGCUCGAGACUACGUUCCCCAGCUCUACGACUGCAUGCAGGACUUGGGGGUCAUCUCCACGAUCUCUCUUUCCUGGUUCCUCACACUCUUCCUCAGUGUCAUGCCCUUUGAGAGUGCUGUGGUGGUUGUGGACUGUUUCUUCUACGAAGGCAUAAAGGUGAUCUUCCAGUUGGCGCUGGCUGUGCUAGAUGCAAAUGUGGACAAGUUGCUGAAUUGCAAAGAUGAUGGUGAAGCUAUGACCGUACUUGGGAGGUAUUUGGACAGCGUGACCAAUAAGGACAGCACUUUGCCACCAAUUCCUCACCUUCACUCACUACUCAGUGAUGAUAUAGGGCCUUAUCCUGAGGUGGAUAUCUUCAGACUCAUCAGAACUUCCUAUGAGAAAUUUGGAAGCAUACGGGCAGAUUUGAUUGAACAAAUGAGAUUCAAACAGAGAUUGAAGGUGAUCCAGACACUUGAAGACACUACCAAACGCAAUGUGGUACGGACCAUAGUGACUGAAACCUCUUUUACAAUAGAUGAGCUGGAGGAACUCUAUGCUCUUUUCAAGGCAGAGCAUCUCACUAGUUGCUACUGGGGAGGCACCAGCAACGCCACUGACCGCCACGACCCAAGCUUGCCUUAUUUAGAACAAUAUCGCAUUGACUUUGAGCAGUUCAAGGGGAUGUUUGCUCUCCUCUUUCCUUGGGCCUGUGGGACUCACUCUGAUGUAUUGGCUGCACGCUUAUUCAGAUUGCUGGAUGAAAAUGGAGAUUCCUUAAUCAACUUUCGGGAAUUUGUUUCCGGGCUAAGUGCAGCAUGCCAUGGAGAUCUUACUGAAAAACUGAAGCUGCUAUAUAAAAUGCAUGUUCUGCCUGACCCCUCCUCUGAUCAAGAAGAACCAGAUUCUGCUUUUGAAGCAACGCAGUACUUCUUUGAAGACAUCACACCAGAGUGUACACAUGUUGUUGGUGUAGAAAGCAGGAACAAACAUGGAACAGAGGAGGGUUUUAUUAACGUGAGUGUGAAAACCGAGAAAGGUAAGAAGAACUCUCAUGAAAAUAGAAAUUACCUUAGAAUGUGGAACCAAGAGAAUAAAUCCAAAGCAAAGAAUGCAAAGGACUUGCCCAGACUAAACCAGGGGCAGUUUAUUGAAUUGUGCAAGACAAUGUAUAAUAUGUUCAGUGAAGACCCCAAUGAGCAGGAUCUUUACCAUGCUACAGCAGCUGUGACAAGUUUGCUUCUGGAGAUCGGUGAGGUUGGUAAGUUAUUUAGUGUCCAGCCUCUUAAAGAGGCCGAGAGUAGUAGUAAAGUCAUUCAGAAUGCACCACUUCCAAAGAAAGGGAACCAGCAGUAUCACCUUGAACAACGUGAUCCUUUUCAAGAUGGCUUCCUGGCUGAGGAAGAUGAGAAUAUUUGUGGUGAUGGUACACAGAUGGAGGACAUUAAGCUGGAAGAUUCUUCUCCUAGGGAUAACGGAGCUGGUUCUUCUAUGCUUAUUUCUGAUGACGAUACUAAAGACGACAGCUCCAUGUCUUCCUACUCGGUCCUAAGUGCAGGCUCUCACGAGGACGACAAGCUGCACUGUGAAGACAUUGGUGAGGACACUGUUUUGGUGCAAAGCAGCAAUGCCACGUCUCUACCUAGAAGCACUAGCAUUGACAGAGAUUGGGCCAUCACUUUUGAGCAGUUUCUGGCUUCUCUCUUGACUGAACCUGCCCUUGUGCGAUACUUUGACAAGCCAGUGUGUAUGAUGGCAAGGAUUACAAAUGCUAAGAAUGUGCGGAUGAUGGGGAAACCCAUUAUAUCUGCGAGUGACUAUGAAAUCUCUGCUAUGUCAGGCUAAGUGGGCCGGAUAAGGUGUUUUUUUAAAAUAUAACUUUUAGGUUUUUAUGGCAUAUUUAUUACAGCCUGGCACAAGUCCUGGUGUUUUCAAAACAUGAUAGUUCUCACUCAUGUGAAUAUGCUGGGAUAUAAAUCCGUCCUUACCUUGUUUUUCUCUGUAUGGGAAACAUUACCAGAAUGCUUGUCCUAGCCAAUAUACAUGGGGGUUGGGGGGAGGUGUUCAUUGUCAGUGUGUGUGUGUGUGUGUAUAUAUUAUUAGCCUUGCUGUCCAUGGAUAAAUGGUGACAAUUAUUUCUGUUUUACCUUAAUGAAAAAGGAUUUGUGUAUUUUUCAAAGAGGCCUGAAAUCUUGGGAGUAUAGAAGAAACCAAAAUGGCACUAGCACUGUGGUGCUGUAGUAUGCCUUUUUUCUACACACAGCUGCUUCCGUCAUUGAAGGGAAUGGGGAAAUGGAAGCCCCUGCAGGCAGAGAGCACCACGUAUGCACUGGACUCUUAUGCCUGCAAGGGAUUGAUAGGCUGAGGAAAACACAGAAAGGGAUGCUGUCAACUUGUUUAGGAUUCAAAAGUAAGUUCCGUGCAGCAUCACUGGUGGAUGUCUCUCUAUAAUUUUUUUUUAAAAGGAAAGGCUAGUGAUUUAUAACACUUUUUAAAAUACAUUCUUCAGGGAUACUGCUGGGAACUUCGUUUAACACCUCUCCAAGUCCUGACCUAAACACUUCAUGGUACCCCUUUUUAAAAGGAGAGGGUUUUUAAAAAUAUAUCUGUAGAUAAUUGUGUUGUUGACAUUUUAGACCUAAGCAUUACCAUGAAUAAAGCAUAUUGUAGAUUAAGAAUUCAUAGCUGAAUUGCAUAAAUCUUCCUUUAAAACACUUAUUAGCAGGAAUGUAAUCUGAAAAAAUCUGCAAGAAAAUGUAACUGAAUGUUCAAAGGUCUUAAUGAAUGAAAACACUGUCACUUUAUUAUGAAUUAAUGUAUAAUGUAAUUUACUGAAUGGUAUGUUGAAUGACAAUUGGAGCACCUGCACUUUGAAUCCUUGCUUCUUUCUUAGAAACAUUAAAUGGGCACGACCCAGUACCAGUGUGCAGAGAGGAUUCCCACAGGCUUAAUAGAAACCUAUUUUCCUUACCCUGCACUAUUUUUGCAAGAAAGAGGAGAAAGAGGUCUCUUUUAACCCUAUGUGAGUUUUCUGAAUGUGGGCACAAUGAUAACACUGGAUUGUGCCUAAUCCUUGUUUCUUUUUUUUGGGUGGGGGGGAACCUUAGCUGAUUUUUAAUUCACAUAUUAGGUCCAAAUAAUUUUUACAUGCCUGAACUUUAUUUGCUGCCUUCAAAAAUAUAUCCAUCACCUUUUCAUUUUUUAUAUAUUGUACAUUAUGAUCAUGCAACUUUUCCAGUGUUUUUUUAGCCAAAGCUAUUGCUUUCUUAUUUAAGGUAUUUAACUGUCUGAAGUGGUUUUAACCACAGUAGGUAAAUGUGAACAAGGCUCUUUUAGUUUUUUUAAAAAGACAUUAAACUAAUAUCAAGUGGGAAAGUGUGACUGUCUUUGAUGGUAUAACUCUUCUGGCAU